AUGCCGGCAAAUGUUAACUGCUGUCACAAGUUACUUCUCUUCUGCCUUUACUACGUGGCCCAGAGAAAGUGGGAAGAGGAAACCGAGGUAGAGGCCUCUUUGAGGCUUUCCAGUCAAUCUCAACGGAGGCAGUAUGUUUUGUCACAUGAAACGCUUGGUGAGCGUAACUACCGUUUGUAUUGCAAAUCAGUUUACGCAUAUUCGUUGAAAAGUAAGAGGAAACUACCUAAACGCUUGCAAGACAACAAAAAAGCGGCUUCAUCACAAGCGCUUUUGCCGUCUCGACAGAGCCCGCAUCAAAAAGCUACUCGCAAUACAGCCAACGCCGCUGCAACUUCCAUUCGACGGUCCCAGGAGACCACGGCUAAGAAAACCACACGUAACGCCACGAAAGCUGCGUCAACGUCCAUUCAACGGUCCCAGGAAUCCAUGGCUGAGAAAACUGCAUGCCAUGCAGCCGACGCCGCUGCAACUUCUGUUGCAAGGGUGUCGGAAAGUUCCGUGCAAAAGUGCACAAGGCGGCAACGCAAUGCAAUUUCAACUUCCGCUGCUAGAGCUGUAGAAGGACCUACUGAAAGGCUUGAAUGGUUGCAGGUUUGGUUUAAGCUGGCGUUCAAAUAUGAGACAGACGGUAACGUACAGUUGCCACCUUUUCAAGAGCUACCUGCGCCAUUGAAAGCUCUGUUGGAGGGUUCCAGUCCAGACUCCAAACAUUUCCUCGCAAAAAUCAGACAGUACAAUUGUGCCUUCCAGAUUACCUAUUUUGAUGGUAAUGCCUUCCGCGAAGUCGGUUGGAAUCCCACCUUCAUGGUUCAAGGUCAGGUUUACCACCGGAUCGGGUCUCUUUUACCGGAAACUGACACUGAUUCGACCUUUCUACAAAUAUACUUCAUAACUGACUACAAUCAAUGGGCAGAUGCCCGCAUGGGCAUUAUUCCCGAGAACGAUAAAGGCCAGGACAAUUAUCCUCGCAGGGAUAUCAUAAUGAAUCUCCAACAAAUGCUCCACGAGACAAACAGCUAUGUCCGCAGUUUUAAGUAUGCUCUUGAAAAUAACACUUCUUCUGAUUUCAUUAUUGUAAUUGAUGCUGACAAAUGA